AUGAGAGAGGAAAUACAACAUUUAUUCUAUAAACUUUGUUACGAGGAAGGAUUUGGCCUCGAUAAGGUAUCUCCUAUCGAGGUGAAAAUAAAAAGGAUUGACACUAAAACUAUUGCGAGUGCAAUUAGUCAAGAAGAGAGAAGAAAGAUAUUUUAUAACAUGGAUAAGGUGGAUAAGCUGAAGAAGCUUUUUGACCUUGCAAAUUCUCAAAGAAUUCAGGCUGUGGUGCCUCCUCCUUCAACCAUUGUUAUUACUCUGGAGACUACUACUUAUGCUCUGACCCUUGCUCCAAUUUUUGCUGUUGGGACUUCUACAUCUAGAAAUGAGGUAGAUCAACUUGUGGAUGAUGUUGUCACCAUGACUAUGGAGGAGUUAUCCCCUCUUAGGAAUUUAACAACGAGGUUUCAGGAUAAAAAACAACGAUCCCUCGGGAAGAGGUUUCUCCGAAAUAGACAUAUCUUGUUGGGGAAGAUACUUCAGGGUAGGUGA